AUGACUUCAUUUCAUACACUACCCGUAGAACUCGUCUAUCGAAUUCUCGAUCGUCAAGAUAUAUUAACUAUUAUAUGUUCAAUGCGUAAUGUAUGUCAACGAUUCAAUACGAUUAUUGAUAGUUACUAUCGAUAUCAAACGCUUGAGCAACUCGAAGUCGAAGAUAUUAAAAUUACUGAUAUCAAAGCACAACUCUUGGCUAACACAUUAAAAAUGAAUACGACAAUUACUGCAUUAUAUCUCAUGGGAAAUCAAAUCAGUGAGAAAGGACUUGAAUAUAUUGUUGAUGCCAUUAGACCAAAUACAACACUUACCACCCUUAGUAUUUCAAAUAAUGGACUUGUAUCCGAUGAGCUGAGAUGUUUACCUAAUAUGAUACGAUUCAACAAAACACUUACUGAUCUUGAUCUUAGCUAUAAUCAAAUCAAUGAUAGAGGAGCAUUCUAUCUAGCCGAUGCAUUAUCAUAUAAUACAACAUUGACUGCACUCGAUCUUCGAUACAAUCAUAUUGAAGAUGAUGGUGCAAAGAAUCUCGCUGAUGCUUUAAAAGAAAAUACCGUAAUCUAUUCAUUCUUUUUCUCUUUAUUUCGUAUACGAAUUCGAUUAUCUAGACACUGA